AUGGCCCGCCAUGGGAAGUUCAAGGCCCGUACUAGGCGGGCACCAGUGGUCAAAGACCCAACACCAAAGUUUACCAUGCAGCAAGAAGCCCGUAACACGGAAACACACGGUCGAUCAUGGUCAGAUUCCAACCUUCGUCAUAAAGCGGUACUCUUCGUGAGUGCAGGGAGCCUGGAGCCGACCAAAGAAGAAGACGAGCAGAUCAAAUCCGAUUCAGACCCAGAGGAACCGACCCCCGACGAAGCCGAAGGACAAACCGGAGAGAGUGACAGCCUUUUCUUCCUGGACUCGACGAAGCAGGAGAUCGACACCGGUCUACCAGACCCAGUCAUCCAGACCAAACUGUCGGACUCAGACGACUCAAGCGAGGACGAAGUUGUCUUUACCGGUCGCAGGAAGACCGCCAAACCGGUGAUCGUCGAAACGCACCAGACCGAGAUUGAAAAAUUCGUUCACAACACUCCUUCACCCCUACAAACAGCACAGGGUCCUGUUCCGGUUCCACGGGAACCAUCGCCCCCUGUGGUUCAAGUAGAGCACACGCACACGGAAUCACACCCAGAGAGCCCAACAUGGCCUCCGAAACAACAUAUUGAUCCGAUAGCCGAUUACAUCGCCAACAUUGACAAAGACUACUACGAGGAGCUCACUGGCAUGAAGCUUGCUUCAGAUGACGACAUUGACGUCGAAAAGGCUGCGACGCAACUCGAUCUCUCGGCUGCAAGCCCAGCGGGCUCCAAGAGACGGUCAUCCAGAUCACUGGACGCAGGACAGAAUGCCCCGAGCGACAAUCUUACAACCUCAGUUGACGGUGGGAUUUUGAACUACCUUCGGCGCUUGCGAAAAUUACUAACAUCCACCUCAUCUACAGGGCUGGCUCAAAUGCAAAUUGACACAGAGCAUGAUUCGAUCUCAGCAUCGAGCGAGGAUGACGAGGAUGACGAAGAUCUCGUCUUUUCCGAUUCUGACGACGACGCCAUUGAAGAUUUCAUCUUACUCGAGGACUUGGCCAAGGGAUAUUCGAAGUCUGGUAAGAAGGGCACUCGGUCUGGAAAGCCCGCCUUCCCGUCGGCUUCAGCAUUUGCCGAUGCUCUCGAGGCUGACCCAUAUUUCGGAUUCGAUAUCAUGGAUUUCGAUCGACCGAGCCUACGAAACAAACCCAAGGGCAAGCAUGCUAUUCCCGAAUUGGAACUCUCCGACAGCGAGUUUGAGAUCGAGCUCCAACAAGCCUGGCAGAACGAUCGAACCAAGAAGAAGCUGCGCAAGAAGGAGCGGGAAGAGCUUCGGGCCCAGGGCAUGUUGGGUCGGAAAGCAGGGAAUCCAGAUCUCAAGGUGAAAUACUCCAAGGAGAUGAACAUGGAGGAGUUUAUGACUGAGCUUCGAUCAUUCCUAUUAUCCUCCAAAAACAGUCUGCCAUUGCCACCCAUGACCAAGGAGCGAAGAAAGCUCAUACACGAGGUGGCCAAUAACCUGAACCUGAAGUCACAGUCACGCGGUCAUGGACUAUCUCGGUUCCCCGUUCUCAACAAGACCGCCCGAACUCCAAGAUACACCCCGAAGACCAUCUCCAAUGUGGAUGGACUCUUGUCGGGAAAGAAGUUCAACCGGCGAAUGUUCAAGGCAUGGGGUGCAGACGCACCGAAGUCGUUCAAAACAAGUCGGGGGAAAUCCGGAGCUGCCUCUUACAUGGACGGCGAUGUGGUUGGUGCUUCAGCUCCAGAAAUCGGAGCCGAUAACCGCGGACGAGCCAUGCUGGAGAAGAUGGGGUGGAGUACAGGCACUGCGUUGGGUGCGGCCGACAACAAGGGAAUCCUGCAGCCCGUGGCGCAAGUUGUCAAGAACUCACGGGCUGGAUUAGGUUAG